CAAAGGGGAAAGGGCAAUACACCGAGGGGCCCGGGAGCUACAACUUCUUUCCCGCAAACUGACCACAGCUCUCCACUUCUGCCCCCCGGGGGUUGAUCCCUCCUUAGCCCUCCCCCUUUCCUCCCUCUCCCCACCCCUCUCAAAGCUUCUCCCUUCCCAACCCAGGACUCCAGCCCAGACACCCCUCAUUCCCACUCCCUUCUCCCCCCACCUAAAGGUCCCAAGAGUCUCCGCUAGCUCCCGCCCUAUUCCAAAGCCUAGAGCCCCAUCCCCUUAAGUCCGGCGCUCCCCUCCCACCCCUUCCUCUAGCUCCGGGGGCAAAGGUCCCCGAAGGAAUUCCAUUCCCCGCCCUCGCCCCCACCCCUCCUCCAGCUGCCCCAGUUUGAACCUCCGAGGGUCCCGCUUCCUUUUCCCUGCUUAGGCCUCCCACCUCUUCCCCGAGCCCCCAGCUUAUCCCUUCUGCCCCGCCCAGUUUUGCCCCUUCCCAGCUUUAAGAGUUCCCCCUAAUCCUAAGCGAGCGCUCUCCUUCAGCCCCGCCCCCUCCUCUUUAGAGGUCUCCAGCUCCUCCAACGGUCCUUGGGGCUCUUAACGCCUUCCCAGAACGGUCGCGCGUACUUCACCUCCCCCGUCCUCCCGCGCCUCCUCCUACCCGCUCUCCGACCCCAGAGCCCCCAUCCCCGCCCCCUCAGGUCUCCGCUGGGGUCCCCCACCCCCUUCCUCCCUGCUCCCGCCCCCUAACCCUCUCCCUUUUGGACCGCCACUACCACCGCCUAUCCCACUCCGCCUCACGGUCCGCCGCGUCCUGGCCCCGCCCCCAGCCAGUCAGCCAUCGCAGGGAACCGCCCCCGCGGUUCCUCCCCCCGCUCUGGCUCCUCCCCCCGCCCCUCCCGGCCCUCGCUGAUCCCUUCGCCCUCUCUCGCCCUCUGCCGGCGGCCGCCCUCAAAAGGAAGGCUGGGGCCCGCAGGGUCGCCCUGAGGAGGAGGCGGGACAUCCGUGCUCCUCUCCGGAAGUGACGCGGGAGUGUCAACAUGCAAGAUGGCGGCGCAUCACAGGCAGAACACGGCGGGGCGGCGGAAAGUGCAGGUGAGGAAAAUGAAGGAAGAAGGCAGAGGUUGUGACUUGGCCAGGGUCAUAUAUAGCUGGUAUCUUAUGUCAUUAGAGAUGAAGUAGAAAAAUGUAAUCGGAAUGGAGUCAACGCUCUUCAGUUGGAUCCAGCGUUAAACCGACUCUUCACCGCUGGGAGAGACUCUAUCAUUAGAAUAUGGAGUGUCAGCCAGCACAAGCAAGAUCCCUAUAUAGCAUCUAUGGAGCACCACACCGAUUGGUAAUAUCUGCUUCCUCUGACACAACAGUCAAAGUGUGGAAUGCCCAUAAGGGAUUUUGCAUGUCAACAUUAAGGACACAUAAGGAUUAUGUGAAAGCCUUAGCCUAUGCCAAGGACAAGGAGCUGGUAGCUUCCGCUGGGCUGGACAGACAGAUCUUCCUCUGGGAUGUUAACACUCUCACAGCACUGACUGCCUCAAACAACACUGUCACAACUUCCUCUCUAAGUGGGAACAAAGAUUCCAUUUAUAGCCUUGCAAUGAAUCAGCUGGGAACAAUCAUUGUAUCGGGGUCCACUGAGAAGGUUUUGCGGGUUUGGGAUCCAAGAACAUGUGCAAAGCUCAUGAAACUUAAAGGGCACACAGAUAAUGUGAAAGCUUUGUUGUUGAACAGAGAUGGGACUCAGUGCCUUUCUGGCAGCUCCGAUGGAACUAUCCGCCUCUGGUCCCUCGGCCAGCAAAGAUGUAUAGCAACCUAUCGAGUACAUGAUGAGGGAGUAUGGGCCUUACAGGUUAAUGAAGCCUUUACUCAUGUGUAUUCUGGAGGAAGAGACCGAAAGAUUUAUUGUACAGAUUUGAGAAACCCAGAUAUACGGGUUUUGAUUUGUGAAGAGAAAGCCCCUGUUCUCAAGAUGGAGCUUGAUAGGUCAGCUGAUCCUCCACCUGCAAUUUGGGUUGCAACAACGAAGUCUUCAGUGAAUAAAUGGAAUUUGAAGGGAAUUCAUAAUUUUAGAGCUUCUGGAGAUUACGACAAUGACUGUAACAAUCCUAUAACACCCCUUUGUACCCAGCCUGAUCAAGUUAUUAAAGGAGGUGCCAGUAUUAUUCAGUGUCACAUUCUUAAUGAUAAGAGGCAUCUAUUAACCAAAGACACCAACAAUAAUGUGGCAUUUUGGGAUGUGCUAAAGGCAUGUAAAGUUGAAGAUCUUGGCAAAGUGGAUUUUGAAGAAGAAAUAAAGAAAAGAUUUAAAAUGGUGUAUGUGCCAAAUUGGUUCUCAGUUGAUUUAAAAACUGGGAUGUUGACAAUUACACUGGAUGAGAGUGACUGUUUUGCUGCUUGGGUGUCAGCAAAAGAUGCUGGCUUUAGCAGCCCAGAUGGAUCAGAUCCAAAAUUGAACUUAGGAGGGCUUUUACUGCAAGCCCUCCUAGAGUAUUGGCCCAGAACGCAUGUUAAUCCAAUGGAUGAAGAGGAAAAUGAGAUGAACCAUGAUUACCCAAAGCCGGGAAGAAGGACCAACACAUUUGGAGGACAGGAUCCAGGUGAAAAAAAGGACUGGCCCGGCGAAACUGUGAAUGGCGAGCAGGAGAAUCGAGUCCAGAAGGGGAACGGUUACUUCCAGGUCCCUCCACACACCCCGGUGAUCUUUGGCGAGGCGGGAGGCCGUACCCUGUUCAGGUUGCUGUGUCGGGAUUCCGGAGGGGAGACGGAGUCGAUGCUGCUUAAUGAGACAGUGCCCCAGUGGGUGAUUGACAUCACUGUGGAUAAAAAUAUGCCCAAAUUCAACAAAAUUCCCUUCUACCUCCAACCUCACUCAUCUUCAGGGGCAAAAACCUUAAAGAAAGAUAGACUGUCUGCCAGUGACAUGCUCCAGGUCAGGAAGGUGAUGGAGCAUGUCUACGAGAAAAUCAUAAACUUGGACAGUGAGUCUCAGACCACCAGCUCGUCCAAUAAUGAAAAAACGGGAGAGCAGGAGAAGGAGGAGGACAUCGCCGUGCUGGCGGAGGAGAAAAUUGAACUUUUGUGCCAGGACCAAGUUCUGGAUCCGAAUAUGGACCUUCGAACAGUCAAACACUUCAUAUGGAAGAGUGGCGGCGACCUGACCCUGCAUUACCGCCAGAAGUCCACGUGAGGCCGUGAGGGCGGACACUCCUGGGUAUUCAUGUCCUGACCUUCCUGUCGUGGUCCCGAGAGUAGUACUACCUAGUGAAGCCCACUGAGCCCCCGCAGUAGCGAGACUUCUAACGACUGAUUCAGUACGGACCGAGAUUAUCCCUUUUACCUGAAGUGACUAAUAGAGAUGUAAUAUAGAACCCAGUCUGCACGGCCCAGGCUCCUGUCUGUCCCCAGGGGAGGCAGCGUGUGGGGGGGAGGGAGGGGCGUGAGCAGCGCCCGCCAGCCGGGGCAGACUGCCGCUUCUCUCUCCCCAAAGCCGCCUCUGCGUCAGGAGACACCCCGGGGCCGUGUCUGUCGCUGUGUUCCAAAUGUAAUUCCAACCUGCACGAUGUCUCGCCUUUUUUUUUAAGCACAUUCCAUUCAGAGCACUCCCCGAUGAGCUUCCCGGCCCGUCGUCCAAAAACCCCGUCAUCGUCACCGUUCAGAGGCCGGGUCUUUUUUCUUUUUUUAAAGGGGGGGGCACCAUUGCACCCUUGAGAGCAGUCCCUUGAAUUACAAACUCGGUGAUAGACUUGGUUCUCACUACUGCACUCCAGAUGUAUUCUCGUAGAGAGAUGGGUCGCAGUUCAGACAUCCUGAAUCGGAACGCUCCAGAACACGGUGGCAGGGUCAGGCCGGGGACGCCGGCUGCGAUAACGGAGGCGACCCACUUUUCAGCAGGAGCCGGUUAAACCGUAGCCGUCUCGGCUCUUCCUCCCUGCGCCUCGUCCGCUCAACUGCAGGUUACGGCUCCGGGUGGAAACCGGAAUUCUCUUAAAACUCUUAAGAGCAUUUGGAAAUUUUAACUUCAUUUAAAUGUUACCUAAAGUUUAUGUCAGAGUAAAGGAGUAUCAUAGCAGGUUAAUUUGAUGUUCAUAAUCUAAAAGUAGUUCUUUGUUUUCCCAAAGUUUUAUAUGCAUUUUUUGGUUGUAUCUAGAGCUUCUUUUCACUGUUCUUUCUAAUGAUCUAAAGCUUUCAUACAGUCAUAUGGGUCUUGUAUAGAGUUUAACUUAUUGGGGGAAAAAACAUUUCAACUUUUGGCAGGGAAAAAAAAACAAAAAACAAAGCACCUUUGGAUUCUCCCCAAAGGCCGAUUGUCCGCAGAACAGGUCAGAGGUCCACCCGGAGAACUUGUGUGAGAGGAGACUCUUGUCCCAAGCCAGAAGCACAAGUGCCUUUGGAGGGUGGAUUGUUCCGUGCAGAUUUUCUUCCUGGCCUUGCUCCGGCCCCUCCCACGGCGGAGGGGGGUAGGAGGGUAUUGGGGAGAGGGGAGUGGUCUUGUCUACAACUGGGAGGAGGGGGCACUCUGGGGCCACGAGGUUCCAGGUCCCAGUUGACUCUUCGAGGACUGGGCUCUCCCUCCCAUCAGGCUUCAUUUGGAAAGCAGCCGGUUCCUGCCUCCUGCCCAUCACCGUGCUCAGUCCCUGGGCGCGUUCAGCGCGAUGCAUCAAAUGGAAGAAAACGGGCGCCGUCGGAACUCGUCAGGCGGCCCCCGAUCUUACACCCGGUUGGCAGGAGUUCUUCCAGGUCCCUGUGGGUGCCCACCUUUUACAGACGCUGCUUCCUCUACUUUCAAGGGCCUUCUCUCCACCAGGGCCCUCUUUAAUUCCCUCCCUCCCGUUCUCUUCUAACCAACUCAGUAAUGCAAUUUCAGGAAAGUUCGACAGUCUGCAAUGCCAAAAGGGUAAAUAAUCUGUAUUUCACAGUUGUAUAGAAUAAAAGGCUUUAGUUAAAAUAUUGCA